AUGACACAUCAAGAUAGAUCACUCAUCUCCCAACCACCAACGCUUAUUGAGGACCAAAACGGAUUCAACGAUUCAACUACUGUUCCAUCAACCAGCACAACCAACGAUAUUCAUGAUUGUAUUCGUUCUUCGGAGGAGUCUCCUCUACCACAUCAUACAACACCAAGCGUGACAAAUGCCCUCAAUCAUUCGUUGCAACAUACAAUGAAUCUCCAACAUUUUCAUCAACAACUUCAAAUACUACAACCUUAUGUAUGGAAUUAUCUGAUGGAAAAUGAAAAAGAGAAACAAAAACUGAGGAAUGAAAUUGAUGCUAUUCGGACUCAAAAUGAUAAGCGUUUUGGGAAUGAUUUAAAAAGUCUUCUUCAAGAAACUUUGCAAUUGUUGUCACAAAAAUUGAAUCAACACUCACAAGAAGAGAUGAAACAACGAUCGGAGGACUCAAAACAAAUGGAAGAUUUGUUUACCCAGCUUCAACAGCAAUUAGAGACAACCGAGAGCAUUCGUUCAAAACUGCUGGAGAAAAAAACUCAAGAAUUGUUAGAGAGUGGAAAUCAUCAAUUAGAGUCUGUCACAAAUAUUAUUGACACUUCAUUCGAUCAACACAACACAGAAUGUAGAAGUGCACAUUCAAGUUGGGAAAACGAGAUAAAAUCAUUAGAGAAGAAUGUUGACGCUCUAAACACAUCAAAUUUAGAAAUACUUCAUCAAGUUCUCAAUAAUCAACAGUGGGCUGGUCUGUUCGACGAAGUUUUAAAAUGCAAAAAAAAGGACAUGGAAUUAAGGGAUGAAUUGCUGAACGAGCUCAAGGAUCGACAUGUUCAAGAAAAAGAGUUAUGGGCCUUGCAAAACGACAAUCUUCAUCAAUAUGCUCAAGAAUUGGAAAAUGUGAUUGAACAAUUGAGAGGUCAAGUACAACAGCAAGAUGAAACUAUUCAAUCUCUUCAAGAGGCAUUUGAGGACUUGGAACAGGAACAAUUUUGUGUCACUGAGAGUCAUGCAAGACAAGUGGCAGAAUUAACUCAACAAUACGAAUUCGAAAUGAAAGAGAUGGAGAUGAGAUCGGCAUUGGAGAAACGACAAAUACAGGACCAACAGUUGGAAAAUUCCCUGGCUCUAAAAACGUUCAUUGGUCAACAAGAGGUGGAGAUUACCAAAUUGAGAAAAGAAAUUGCCAUGCUGAACAGAGAAAAGGAGUCACUGUCUCAACAUUGUGAUAAUAUAGAGACAGAACUGCAAGAACAAAUCAUUCAUCUGGAAAGCCAAGUGUUGGAACUGGACCAACACAAUCACGAACUGACAUACACACAUGAACAAGAGUUGGAGUCAACCAGAGUAUUACUUCAGAAUCAGUACUCCCAACAAAUUGAGGAAUUACAAAAUGAAAUUUCUAAAAAGAAUGAAUCGUUAGAACUAUUAGAGACAGAACUUCAAAUAUUAAGGGAAAGAGAAAAUGAAUAUCAACAAGAACAGAAUCAUUUGCUUCAAGAACUCCAUCUCAUGAAACAGCUCUAUGAAGAUCAGACGAAAGAAUUAGAAUUUUACAAAAGAGCUCAUUUAAGUCAUUUAAAGAACAAGAGAGAAGUAGGUCACACAAACAAAGAAGAAGAGGAGCAAGACGGCGAAAAUGUUGGAAGCUCCAUCUCCAUAACUUCUUACAUACCUUCACACAAGUUCUGUCAGUCGUCGACCUCACCAAGAAAUAGAAACCAUUCCUCUCCAAGCACGUCACCGUCCAAUCCUAACAAACUCAAGUUUCUCGCUCCAUCAAGAAAUGGACUUUUCAUGUGA